AACAAUAAUAAAGUUAAUAAAAAAUUAUAAUUGUCUAAUUUUGUGUAAACUUAUAAAUUAUGGAAUUCGUGAUAAAAAGUGAAUUUCAUCUGAAAAGUGUGAACGUUUUAGGGUCCUCUUGUGUGGACACAGGUGCAAUGUAAUUUACAUUAUUGAAUUUACAUUAAACUUAUGAAACUUAUUUUCAAUAAUAAUGAAAUGUGUUGUUAUAUUAGAGGCAAGUGUGGUGGUAUUUCUAGUCUAUUUUCGAAGUGUUAUUAACAUUUUGGAAAUUCUAUGAACAUGAGGUGAAUUUUUCUCGUGACACGUGAUUUAGUUUUAAAUAAAAGAAAAAAAAAUAUGAGUGAAUUUAGUCAGAUCUUUUUUUCGUUUUUUCUUUCAAAUUAAAAGUGGAUAACAAUAUGAUGAAUAUGUCCGAGCAUUGUAUACUUGACAUGAUGGAUUUCGAGGACAGUAAUUAUCUUAUAGAUGAAGGAUUCCCAGCAGAUGAUCUUCUUGAAGCUCUCAGUUCGGAGUUGGAGAUUCCUCAACUUUUGGGUGGAGAGGGAUCUCUUGGUUGUGAUGAAAGUCCAGAUGAUAUUAUUAAAAAUGCCGUGGAAUCGCCUUCGUGUAAUUCCGAGGAUAUUGACAUGAAUCUUAUGCCUAUGGAUCUCGAUAUUUUCCAGAAUAUUUGUUCCAAUGAAUUGGAUGGCGUUUCGGUGGAAACGGAUUUAAUGGACGGUAUCACGGAGAAUGUGAAAAUUGAAAACGAAAUUAAAUUGGAGCCGAGAAGUCCAAGAUCUCAACUGCCACCUUCACCUAGUCCUAGUCAUUCAGAUAGUAGUGUACACGAGUGGCACAAUGACGCUUCAUCAAAUUCAUCCAACGAUGGAAAGUUCAUGUUCGAAACACCGCCAAUAUCUCCGCCACAAAGUGAACCAACUUCUCCGCCAACACUAAUUAACACAUCAAUUCUACAACAAAUAAAAUUCAUUCCCAUGAAAUCGGACGAAACAAAAACAACAAAAUUCAUUCUAUCAAAAGGAAGCAGUGCAAAGAGAAUUUGCAUUCAACCGAAAGUCAACAAAAUAAAAACUGAAGGAGAACAACCGCGUAAAACAAUAAUUCUCAGUGCUCAAGAUUUUGCCGCUCUUUCGCAAAAAGUCAAACAAAAUGGAACGCCACAAUUGAAAAUUCAAGCAUUGCCAACAAGUAAAACGGUGAAAAUUCAAAAUCAAUUGAAUAUUCUACCAUCGCAGCAGGUGAAUCUUGAAAAAGGCACUGCAUUCACUCCAACGAAUCAAGUGAAAAUUCUCAAUUCAAUUCCAAAAGUACAAAUACAAAAUGUCAAACCAAUUGUCAUGACAAAAGAAUCGACAGUAUGCACGCCAAUUGUGAAUUCAACGUGUCAGCCAAUUGUCAUUAAAAAUGAAACCUCUGAUUUUUUCAACAUCUCCGGCAGACAAGAGAGUGAAAUAAAGGCAUUGAAGAGACAGCAAAGAAUGAUUAAGAAUCGCGAGUCUGCUUGUCUGUCGAGGAAAAAGAAGAAGGAAUAUGUCACUGCUCUCGAGAAUCAGAUUAGCGAUCUACAAGAACUCAAUCGUCAGUUACACGCUGAAAAUACGGCGUUAAGGCAAAGAUUAUGCGAGUCGGAGGAAGGAAGCGGAGGCAGGAGUAAAUUAAGAACCAUGAAUCUUAACGGAAACAAAAAGAAUACAGUAAUGCUUUUAGCAGUUUUUUGUAUGAUAACCUUAAACUUUAGCAAUUUUGGCGUUUUUCAAAGUAAAUCCGACUUGGAGAGAAUGUCACCACACAUGCCCCUGCCAAAUGUGCGACACAGUAGGAGUUUACUUUGGACCGAGUUAGACUCAGAGGAGAGAAAUUCGUCGAGAAAAAAUUUUAACGCCACAUCAAUAAAUCAAUCAAUGUGUCCAAUGUCAAUAAAUGACACCGAAUCGAAGCGUUUAGAUUAUGAGAUACGGCGAUUUUUUGGCGAUAAGAGCAACGAUGGUAGUUGGAAGAAAUCGCCAAUAACAAAAUGGGAGGACAAUUCUUCAUUGAGUAAAAUUUCCCUCGCAUCGACAUCGACGACGGCGCCGAAAAAGAAAAUAUAUCGUAAAUUAAAAAUCACAAGGGAGAAGAAAGUCGAGGCGAAUUCGAAUAAUAUUCCUUGGCAAAAUGAUAAUGCUCUCGAAGUUUUCUCACCGAAUUUCAAGGAACACUCGGCACUUUUUGAUGCGUUGAAAACAAAACACGAUACGCACUACGUUGUUUGGUUUAGUCGAGAGCAUUUACUAUUGCCAGCAUCAAGACAAAAUAAUACCCUGAGACCGAAAAUGACACUUAUUUUUCCCACUCUUCCACUCAAUGACACAUUUUCAACGGAUCCAAAUAAUGUCACAAUGAUGCAAAUCGACUGUGAAGUGGCAAACGUGGAAUUUCUCAAUCUCGAAAAUAAUGUGAUUCCCGAUUAUUUGCGAGCUGCGCAAAAACCAAGUAAUCCACCGCAAAAGAAUAGCGAAAAUUAUAGACCAUAUUUUUUGAAAAAUAACACAGAGAUUGUCAAGAAACUACAAAAGGAAAGUUCUCACUUAAUAAAAAAGACUGACAUCGACGAGAAUAAUUUUAAAUGAAACAAAAUUGGCUCCAAAUAAUAUUUAUAGAAAAUCAAAUGAGGAAAAUUUUGACCAAAAAAAGGUAGGUCUCGAAAAUUUACAAAGUAAAUCUCUCUCUCUUUUUUUUUUUUUUGUUUUUUACUGUCAAAACUGAAAUUCAGGCUGUGUAGAAGAAAAGUUAAUAGGAAGUAAAAAAAAGAAUAGAAAAGAAUAGAAAAGAGCCUAAAGAGAUAUAAUAUAUUGUACAUUGACAAUAGAAUUAAAGUAUGGAAUUUUUGUCCUUUGAGGGCAGUGA